AAAGGCAAAGAAGACACACCGUCCCGACCCCCCCACACUCUGAAACAGCUUAUUUGAAUAACUGAUAUACUGCACAGUAUUUCUUGCACAGAUGCAGAUGAGAGGAGCAGCUAUGGGUUCACCUGCAGCAGCGAGCUGGUUUGUUGUCUUCCUUAUCUCUCUGUCAGUGGUACAGGGUCACUGGCGAGUGACUUACACCCCUACUGAGAUCUGUGCCUUACAAGGAUCAUCAGUGAACAUACGCUGCACCUUUACAUACUACUCCAGAGUAAAUGAUCGUGAUACUGCAGUUGAGAAAGCAUUCUGGUUUCGUCAUUCCCGGGAUUCAGAACCUGUGGAUCUGAGAGCAGACUCAAUGUAUGCAGGUCGUGUGCAGCAACUCUGUGAAAACAACAGCUGCACUCUGAGAAUCACAGACCUGAGGAAGAUGGACUCGGCUCAGUAUAAGUGCGGGUUCAUAAUAAACCAACCAGACUGGAAAUACACAGACUCAUCUGGAGUCACUUUGUCUGUCACAGGUCUUGAGGUGCAGGUGAGUGAAGUGCCUUCGUUAUUCAGGGGUGGACGUCUGAGGUGUCACAGCGUUUGUCAUCUACCUGGUUAUCUUUCUUACGUCUGGUACAAAAAUGGACAAAAAACUGUCACAACAUUGCAGUCUUAUUCAGGCGACUUUAAGUCUGCAGACAGCUACUCCUGUGCUGUCAGAGGGCAGGAGGAUUACCCCUCUCCUUCAAAAUGUGUCAUUGGUCAAACCUGUAACAAAGUGAUGUACACUCACAGAAGCAUCUGUGCAUUCAAAGGCUCAUCGGUGGACAUUUCCUGCACUUACAACAGUUAUGGAUAUAUCAGUUCAGAUUUCUGGUUCAAUCCUAAACGUACCAGUAGUCAAUAUUCCUCAUGGCCUGAGGACCUUACAAGAGACUCCCAGUAUAAAGGUCGGGUUCAGGUUGAAACAAAGAGAGGACGCUCCACUCUGAGAAUCACUAACCUGACAGAGAGUGAUUCAGCUCAGUAUUGCUUCAGAACAGGGAGCUUUGAAUGGACGAGUCCUUUACCUGGAACAACUCUGACUGUCACAGAUCCUGAUAUACAGGUGCUUGUGAUCUGGUCUUCUACUGGCCGAAGGCUGAUUUGUCAGAGCAGCUGUAUUACUGAUCGUUUUUCCUUCGUUUGGUACAAGAACAGAGCAGAAAUUCAGAGAGAAACAUCUCGUUCUUACAGAGGAUAUGUUGAUCCUGCAGGCAUUUAUUCCUGUUCUUACAAGGGUUACACCUCUCUUCCAGUGUAUGCCCCUGUGGUUCCCUCAGUGUUGAUAAGUCCCCAUGGUGACAUUAUGAAGGGCAGCUCAGUGACUCUGACCUGUAGCAGUGAUGCUUUCCCACCAGCUAAAUACACCUGGUACAAGAAGAACCAACCACUGCCAAACAGAGAACUACAGCUUGUCUUGAACUCUAUCCAGUCCUCCCACUCUGGAGAGUAUUACUGUACAGCUGAAAAUGAGCUGGGGAAGACGACAUCCAAAUAUGUUUUUGUUAACGUGAAAUAUGCUCCAAACACCUCCAUUGUGUCAGUGAGUCCCUCUGGUGAGAUAGUGGAGGGCAGUUCAGUGACUCUGACCUGCAGCAGUGAUGCUAACCCAGCAGCUAAUUAUACCUGGUACAAGGAGAACCAAACACUGCUUCAAGGACCAGAGGGCAUCUAUCGUUUCACCUCCAUCAGCUCUACGGACAGCGGUAUCUACCUCUGCAAGUCUGAAAAUCAGUACAGACAGAUCAACUCUUCAUCUCUCUGUAUAGAUGUCCUGUAUGCUCCAAAGCUUCCCUCUGUGUCAGUGAGUCCCUCUGGUGAGAUAGUGGAGGGCAGUUCAGUGACUCUGACCUGCAGCAGUGAUGCUAACCCAGCAGCUAAUUAUAUCUGGUACAAGGAGAAUGAAGACUCACCAAAAGCAUCAGGACAGAACUUUACCAUCACUGACUUCAGAGGUGAACACAGUGGGAAUUAUUACUGUGAAGCCCAGAACAGAAGAGGACAUCACAACUCCACCUUACAUCUGAUUGUUGUAGCAGGUGCAGGGAAAUCAGCAGCUAUUGCAACAACCACUGCCGUUCUUUUGGUUAUCAUACUCCUCGCUAUCCUCCUGUGGAUUAGAAGAAAUAAGUCCUUCACUCAACAGUGUCAGGGUGGAGAGAGACCUGACAACAGAGCACAGCUAAACAUUGGUCCAGUGUCUGACAACAUGUCAGCUGCAGCAGAAGAGCAGGAGGAUCUCCAGUACGCCAACAUCCACCUCUGUCUAAACCGAGAAGAGGCUCUCUACUCCAACAUCAGACCAGCUCAGCCCCACAGACAAAAUGAGGAAGAGGAAAGUGUAGAAUACACUAUUGUUAAAACUGACAAUGCCAGGAGUGCCCCAGGAACAACAAAUGAAGAAGACGAGGAGUAUGUAUUCGCACUGUACAGCACAGUCAACAAAAACAAUGUGACUGCAACAUGAAUGUAAAUUAUGUCAUUGAUGUGACAGAAUAUGACUUUCUUUAUGCACCAGGACAGACAUGGUCAAUUGCAGCAUCAAGUCAGCUGUCAAAAAUAAAAACAUGUGGAGUAUGUGAAGUCUUAUUUGUUUGGUGAUUGUUUCUAAAAGGGUUGGUUGACACAAACUUAAAACAAACAAACAAUUUUCUGGUAUCAGGCCAUGCAGAUAAUUUUUGUUUUGAUUGUCCAGCUGCAAAAUGUUGCAAGAGUUCAUUAUUUUGGUGAUCUGGGUUAACUGGGUGCUACUGUGCAUAAUUUAUGUAUACUGUAAGGAUAAAACAAUU